ACACUAAGAGGUGUCUGUGUCACGUGUCAAACCAGCACUUGUAAACGUCUCUCUCAGUUCUAUUCAACUGAACCUAUCUGGAAAUUAGUCUGCUGCUGCACUCUGGAGCAAGCGGUCGAGCAGAUUUAUAAACCGGAAAAAAGAGUAACUGUGUCAGUGAAGAUAGAAGAUCCUGUUUUGUAUUGUGUUGUGAAAGUAAAUCAUCUCCUGUAGAACUUUCGGUGCAGGGUGCCAGCCAGGAUGAUUCUGGCGACAAUAAAGGGCAUUGGGAAGCAGCUCCUGCGGGUGAAGGUUGUAGACUGUAACGCAGAAGACUCCCACUUCUCUCGAUGCCUCAACACGUUUGACCUGGUGGCCCUGGGGGUCGGCAGUACGCUGGGCGCUGGAGUCUACGUGCUGGCUGGAGCUGUAGCCCGAGACAGUUCUGGACCCGCCAUCGUGCUCUCCUUCCUCAUCGCUGCCCUCGCCUCAGUGCUGGCUGGCCUGUGCUACGCCGAGUUCGGAGCCCGUGUACCCAAAACUGGCUCGGCUUACCUCUAUAGCUAUGUGACAGUUGGUGAACUGUGGGCCUUCAUCACAGGGUGGAACCUCAUCCUCUCUUAUAUCAUUGGAACUUCAAGUGUGGCCAGAGCAUGGAGCGCAACCUUUGAUGAGCUGAUUGGAAAGCACAUUGAGGAAUUCUGCAGACAACACAUGACCAUGAAAGCACCGGGUAUCCUGGCAGAGUAUCCAGACGUAUUUGCUGUCUUCAUCAUAAUCAUUCUGACAGGACUUCUCGCAUUUGGAGUGAAAGAGUCAGCCAUGGUAAAUAAAGUAUUCACCUGCAUCAAUGUACUUGUGCUGCUGUUUGUGAUCAUCUCUGGCCUGGUCAAAGGAGACCGGAAAAACUGGAACUUGAACCCUGAUGAAAUCCUCAAUGCCACCAGCAACUCUAGCCUUAAUGUGUCUCUUCCCCUACCAUCAAAAGAGAGUCUUGGUGAAGGCGGCUUCAUGCCGUUUGGCUUUUCUGGAGUCCUCUCUGGUGCUGCCACCUGUUUUUAUGCCUUUGUAGGGUUCGACUGUAUCGCUACCACAGGAGAAGAAGUGAAGAAUCCUCAGAGGGCCAUUCCUAUUGGAAUUGUGGCCUCGCUCCUUAUCUGCUUCGUGGCGUACUUUGGCGUGUCCGCUGCCCUCACUGUGAUGAUGCCUUACUACCUGCUGGACAAGAACAGCCCACUCCCAGUGGCCUUUAAAUAUGUGGGCUGGGAUGGAGCCAAUUAUGCGGUGGCCAUUGGCUCUUUAUGUGCCUUGUCAACCAGUUUACUAGGCUCCAUGUUCCCAAUGCCCAGAGUGAUGUGGGCCAUGGCAGAAGAUGGCCUGCUCUUCAAAUGUUUGGCUAAAAUCAACCCACGAACCAAAACCCCUCUAACAGCUACCAUAACAUCCGGUGUUGUAGCAGCUGUGAUGGCUUUCCUGUUUGACUUGAAGGACCUAGUUGACCUCAUGUCCAUUGGCACUUUGCUGGCCUAUACUCUGGUGGCUGCGUGUGUGCUCGUCCUCAGGUACCAGCCAGAACACCCCAAUAUGGCCUAUGAGAUGGCCAACACUCAGGAAGAACCUGAAAAUCCGGAGUCUUAUAACGAGGGGAGCGUUGACAUGUUACCACAACCAGAGGAUCGCUUCACCAUCAAGAAUCUACUUUACCCUUCAAACACAGAGCCAUCCCCUCUGUCCGGAUUCGCCGUCAACAUUUGCACCAGCAUGCUUGGUGUUUUGGUGUUUGUCUUCAGUGUUGUAGCCGUUCAUGGAGGGCUGGCACCCUGGUCACUGUCUGUCCUCUCUGUUAUCUUCUUGGUUUGUCUGAUUCUCACUUUCAUUGUGUGGAGACAGCCACAGAGCAAGACCAAGCUUGCCUUCAAGGUUCCCCUGCUGCCCUUCCUCCCAGUCGCUAGUUUGUUCAUCAACGUCUAUCUGAUGAUGCAGCUCGGCAAAGGAACCUGGAUGCGCUUUUCCAUCUGGAUGGCCUUAGGUUUCCUUAUCUACUUCAUCUACGGUUUUCGCAACAGUGCAGAGGCAGUGAUGACCAGGUCUCAUUCCUACACGCCAGCUUGCACAAUAAAGGGAGAACCCAUGGCCACGGAGAAGGAAGCCUUUCUACACAACACACAAAAUGCCAACCUAGAUGACGAUGAAGAUUCCUGAGGAAACGGGAGGUUCACUAAUUCGUUCUGCAUAUCAAACAUCGAUGUGUUAAAUUGUUUGAAAUAGCUACAAAUCCAGGAGACAUAUGAAGCCUUUUAUGCUCCCCUCUUAUCAGAGCGUAGAGUUGUUUCUCAAUUUUGCAAAAAAAUAUUGUCAGGAAAGAAAAUAUUGUCUAAUUUGGCUGUUUCACGUAAAAAAGUCUAAUUAGAUCUAAAGACAAAAUUAAUUUCUAUACAUCUGAAAACCAAGAUUUUAUUCCAGAAAACGUUUUUAUUCUCCAGUUCAAAAGUAUUUUUUAUGCUCUGCAUUUUGAUAUUAUCAAUUUUACUAAAGUGUUAGGACGGAAACGAAACAAAAGGCAAAACACAAGUCGUUUUAUCAAAGUUUUACCACGGCAUAUGUUGUACAUCUUUGUGGGGUUUUUUUUGGGUUUUUUUGGCAAAAUUUGCAUGCUUGUAAGCGAUAUCUCGGUAAAUGUUUGUCAGUCGUCAUGCUGCCUUAGGAGACACAGUGCCGGCUACUAUGUCCUAAAGAGACACAUCCCUUUAUUCCACAACUUAAAUAAUAAUACCUUUCGAACCUAGCUAAGAAUUUAAUUGUAUCCUCAGUGCCUUUUUGUAUUGUAGGGUUACCUCAAAGGUACCACUUUGAAUGUAGAUACUUUCCUCCUGAGAAAAUGUACCGUAUAGAAAUCACAACUCUGUUUUUUUACAGUAUAACAGUAUAAUAUAAGAAAUGCACCAGGCUGCUCAGUGUAAUCUGGUACAAUCAUUUGUGAACAGUAUAUCUCUGUGUGAAAGGGUUGAUGUUAUGUGGAUGUGUCUUCUGGCUGAUUGGUGGUUUUCUCACAUUUACCAGAGAUCAAACACACCAGUGUUGUCAUCAUCAUCAGGGACCUGCACUUUUUUUUUAUCUAGCCAAAGAAAAAAAGCUGCUAAUGUGAAUUGAUUUAUAAGA